AUGUAUGCUUCUCUCAAGACCUACAAUGCUCUUUUCGAAGCAAUGGCGAUGACCUCGUUGGAAAUCCUACAAAGUCGACUUCUGCUGACGGUCUUCGAGAUCGGGCAUGCCAUGUAUCCCUCCGCAUACAUAUCCGCUGUGGCCAAUAUACGCGCCGCAAUUUCCCUAGGGAUUAAUGCCACCUAUGAGGACCUGAGCAAGGUCUUCCAGGACCCGCUGAAGGUUGGGGAGGCACAACAGACUUGGCGUGGCAUCGUCAUCACUGACAGGUCAGAUAUGGCCCCUCAACAUACACAUCAGAUGGUGUUCGUACUAAAUCAAGAGCUCGUGGUAGAUAUGUCUCGCUGGAAAAUGGCCAAUUACCUUAUACUCAAAGUGGUCAAUCCAUAUCAACAUGCUAUGCUCGAAACCCUCGAACUUGGGUCACGCAUGAAUAUCCCCGACAAUGAGUAUUGUAUCAGCACAUCACUCAAUAUUCUGAGCUCCCUCGUCCACGAGAUUGCGCGCGGGGCGGAAAUCUCUCCUCCGGUUGAGAUAAUGACUUUGUCCGUGUUUCUCUCUCAUUGUAUAUACAAGGCUGCCAUGGUGUGUCUUGGCGAUGCUAGGGUAUCUGGGUGUGUCGAUCCGGAGCCCUCUAUCCGACCCUUAAAGGACAUACUAGGCUAUCUGGGUAUGAGAUGGGUGGCCGCAAAACGGUACUUGGAAAAACUCGAGACGUUACAGGAGAACAUGUAG